GAAAAAGAACUGAGAGGUGGAGGUAGCAUAAAGGAGACCACAGCUGAAGCAAUGCCCGAGACGACGCAAGAGACGUGCGCUUCGGCCAAGGACUCUCCUUUCUUCAUCAAGAACCUGCUGAACUGUGAUAGCAAACCCUCCAAACCUAAACCCGUACUAGGUGCCACCAAGGCGGCCCUGGAGGGAGGAUUUUCCCUUUCCCAGGUCGGGGAUUUCAACUUUCCACGCUUUGACCUGCCCGCUCAGAGGUUCAGUCUACCGGCUCACUACUUGGAGCGCACCUCAGCUUGGUGGUACCCCUACGCCCUCAGCUCCUCCGCCCACCUGCACAGACCCGAAGUGACCGACAAACCAGGAGCCAGAGACUCCUCUCCGACCUCGGGCACGGACAGAGACACACCAGAUCUGGUCCUGAAAACAGAGCCGGACGCCAAAGAUGAGGACGAGGACGAUGAGAAUAACAACAAUAAAAGCGGCGACGAAAUCAUCCUGGAGGAAAGCGACACGGAAGAAGCAAAAAAAGACGAAGUGGAAGAGUGGAAGAAGAGGGACGAUGACAAAAAGCCAUGUCGCAAGAAGAAGACGCGCACGGUUUUCUCCCGGAGCCAGGUGUUCCAGCUGGAGUCCACCUUCGACAUGAAGCGGUACCUGAGCAGCUCGGAACGGGCCGGUCUGGCUGCGUCCCUGCACCUGACGGAGACCCAGGUCAAGAUCUGGUUCCAGAACCGGAGGAACAAGUGGAAACGACAGCUGGCCGCGGAGCUGGAGGCCGCCAACCUGAGCCACGCCGCGGCGCAGAGGAUAGUCCGGGUCCCCAUCCUCUACCACGAGAACUCAUCCACGGAGAACGGCGGCACCGCUGCCAACGUGCCCGUGAGCCAGCCUCUCCUCACCUUCCCACACCCCGGCGUGUACUACUCCCACCCCAUCGUUACGUCCGUGCCGCUGCUCAGACCGGUUUGAGAACGGUUGAGUUUACCGGCAGAUGGUGUUUUAUUUCCUAUCAGUUUAUCAGAAGAAUAAAGAAAAGACUAAAUAUUUUUCUACAACUGACCACACGAAGAAACCAAUAAAAACACGGGCUGAUAAAAGAGGGACACGGUUAGGCCUUCUGGGACCUGUUUUGAUAAAUAGCCUUCAUUGUGUCAUUUUACAUAAGAUACAGUUUACACACGAUCCAACAAAUAAAAUGCAUUAUUAUUAUUAUUAUUAUUAUUAUUAUUAUUAUUAUUAUUAUUAUUAUUCGUUUUGUUAUCACCUCAGGAGUCCACCUGCCUACACUGCCUGAUGAGAUGAGUGUCUGUUGCUUUUUUUUUUUUUUUUUCUUUUUCCUUAUAAUUUUCACCAUUAUAAAUGAACAGGCCAAUUUGUGUGAUGUAUUAAAAAAAACAAAACAAAAAAAAAAAAACCUUGUUUACAGAAAACCGGCAGCCAAGAGGCGCAACCAUGUCUACCAUCUAUGACACACUUAACAGCGGAUUUUAUUUUAUUUUAUUCACAUUUCCAGAAUUAAUAGUGCGAUGAUGUGCAAUACACUGACGGUGUGCUGUGAAUUACGAGCCUAUAGAUGAGUUCAUCCACUAAACUGGAAACAUAUCUUAUGUUUUGUGAUCCACCGUGGAUUAUAUUAUUGAUAAUUGAUAAGGUAUUGUUGUAAUAUUUCCCUCUUUUUUUUUUUUUUUCUUUUUAAAGCGUUUGACGGGGGACAAUCAAGACAAAAUGUAAAAUACCCAUGUAGCUUUAUGUUUAGUUUAGUGAUUCUCACUCCUGCUCCCUCCGCACGGACACAUCCUUUAAGCACAAGUGAGAGCUCCAGUGACACUGAAUCUACUUUGUGUUUUUUUUCUUUUUCUUUUUCUUUUUCUUUUUUUUUGAGCAGGAGCAGCAAAAAAUAUUGACAACACUGGUGUACAAAUGUAAAUGUAUAUAUUUAAUGAGGAGCUGGGAGAGGAGCUGCCACUUGCGGCCUCUCGUUUGUACAGUAAACACAACGUUUUGAUAUUGUAUUGCUGAAUCAUGUUGUGAAAUAAAUGGAGAAUAUUCCUUA